GCUCAUGCGCCAUGCAGGAGGACUCACUGCUUUGCUGUGUGUAGGGAAAGACGUCCUCGUCUCUGACCCAAGACAGAUGGUGUCGUUUGAUGAAAACAAUCGCAGUAAAAAAAUCCUGAUAUUAGUGUCGCUGUCUUGAAGAGGUGGACGUGGAUGGAAACGGAGGGACUUUAUUUAGCAGGUAGUCCUUGGUAUAGUCAUUGCCAAUCCCCGAAAGAAAAUGCGCGUUUGAAAAUGAGAAAAUGAUGAAGGCGUUUCAGUUCCUAGUGACGCGUGCAACUACAACGUAGACUGCUGCAACCACUCUCCUUGCAGCAGUGUCUCUCCCGGGCGGCGGCAUUCAUCUACGUUGCUUGAAACCCUCUAAGUUAGGUUCGGUAUCGUCUCUCCAGACGCGUAACGUAGAGAGAGACAGCUUCGGAACAUCGACAAAAUCCAACUUUCCUCGUCUUUUCGCCAACGAACUGCUGAGUCACAGCCAGUGGCCUGGCAGUAUCUCAUUCUCUUAAGGCGGUACCUAAUGCAUCUUCGAGCGCAUCCUUGGUGCGUACUAUGGAAGAGUAUCCACCUAAGGGAAUAAUACUCUCCUCCAUACUUAUUCUCAAGGAGGCACUUGAGAGAUGAAGCGCGGACAGCUUCUAACUCUCACUUCCAGGCCAAGGCGAAAAUCAAAACGCCACCACAAUGUCCGGGGCGCCCCCUUCCUCGCUGAAGCGAGACUAUGACCAUCUGUUUAAGCUUGUGCUCAUCGGAGAUAGUGGCGUCGGGAAGAGUUGUUUGCUCUUGCGAUUUGCGGAUGAUCAGUUCACUGAGAGCUACAUCACAACGAUUGGCGUGGAUUUUCGGUUUAAGACAAUCUUAAGGCAUUUGGUACUUCGACGAGUAGAAUCGUAUCGUCAAGGCAUUUGGUACUUGGAAUGAUUUCGGAAAAGACGAGAUCUCAACUACGGUGUGACUAAUGCGCUUGGGUCAGAACAAUGAUCUCUGCAAGUACUACUUCCUCUGGUCAUAAAGCUCUACUGCUCUCCCUCGUGGGAGUGACGUAAAAAGUACGCAAAAACCGCAUUCCCGACACUCCUCUAAAAAUCAGCGUGGGUGGAAAAACGGUGAAAUUGCAGAUAUGGGAUACAGCUGGACAGGAAAGGUUUCGGACCAUCACAAGUGCGUAUUACAGAGGAGCGGAUGGCAUCGUUAUCGUCUACGAUUGCGGAGAUAGGGAUAGCUUCAGUAUAAUUGCUGUUAUCUUUCAAGGGGUUGGGUAGAUAUUUUGCAAGUCCUUCUUUGGCUCGGGAUAGCCUCACUUUCCCCUUCCUCCCUUCCGUACUUACUCGCCCGCUGUCCUCCGUGUCUAAGUGCUUUCAGUCCCGUCGCCUUGCAUCUUCUUGAGUACUACUACAGCUACAUCUCAUACUAAUCAUUCUUUUCCGCUUUUAAUCGUUGUUCUUUUCAUGUGAUAUGAUCAAUUCCCGUGAGUCCUCAGGUGUCUCCCCGGCCCACAGAAGAGGACUCGAGGGAAUUGAUCACACCCCACUAGAGGUGAUUAAAGUUUCUUGAAGCGCUUUCCAUCUUUCGUCUCCUCAAAAAUAGAUAACGUCCAGUCAUGGGUUGAAGAAGUGAACAAAUAUGCGAAUGCGACCACAAGCAUGUUGCUAGUUGCCAAUAAGAGCGACUGUGGAGAGGAUCGAAAGGUGUCUGCAGAAGAGGGACUUCAAAAAGCGAGACAGUUGGGUCUCGGUUUUCUCGAGACUAGUGCGAAAACCGGAGACGGCGUUGAGCAAGCUUUCGAUGUGAUGAGUGGAAACCUGAUAAAGAUCCGACAGGAACUAUGAAACGAAAAUAAAGUGCACUCACACUCAAGAAAUUGGCUACAACGAUUUAAGUAGGAAAGUAGCCACUUUAUUUUAAGUGGCUACAACGAUUUGAGUAGGAAAAUAAUAGCCACUUUUUUUUGGGACGGUGUGAGUGCACUUUCUUCUUUCAUAGGAGCAGCAAAGUGGUGCAAGAGCAUCUGGAGGCGGCAAUGUCCGGUUAGGAGGAGGCGCUGGAACCUCGAAUGAACCCUCACCUCCACCAGGUGGACAACUAGGACAGGGGUGUUGUAAUGGUUGAUCGGCGACUUGGGCAAGCAAUGGCAAUGAUAAUAUCGGAAUGAAUUGUUCAAUAAUAAUGCAGUUUAUCGUGUCUUGAAGUCGAGGUCGGAUGGGGUCGACCGACAGGGAGAGACUGACCUCGACAUCGCUUCAUACGAAAAAUACUUAACUACACUAGUACAUCCACAAAAUUUAUUGUUCAAACAGCACAUUCACAAUCUUCACAUUCGCAAGGGAGCUCCAAACUAACUCCGGCACAGGAAUACAGACAGACGAAACAAAGUAGAUUCCAUGAUGGAAAUUUGUGAUUUCUAUAUUUCACGAUUCGUAAGUUCAUGAAGAUCUAGUACAGCAUUGCACAAAGAAGAAGAACGUGG